CGCCUCACGUGACGUCAGGAUUUCGCGCCGGUUGGAGAGAGGUGAGACUCCGGCUGUGCCCCCGGAGUCCCCGCUGAGUAGAUGACUCUUGCGGGCUACACUGUGAAGCGAGGCGCAGGUCAGCCGCAGUGCGCGCUUCCCAGCGGUGUUCCACGCAGAUCUUCGGCCAGUGGAAUCCGCGCUCCGUGAGGUUGCAGCGUGGCUGUCUCUGCACUCCCGAAGUUGUUUUUUCAUAUCUGUAUUCUUCAAAAUGAAUAUUAGUGGCACUUUCUUAAGACCUUUUGCCAGGUAUUUGGUGUCAUUUACCCUUCCUAGGAAGAGAAGAAAUGUAUAUUCAACAAUUCUACAGAGACAUAUGUCUUCCAAGAUACCAGCUGUGUCUUAUCCAAAUAGGGAGGGUACAUCCCCUCCUGAGCAGCUAGAAUUGGAUGGGUGGAAAACUACAAUGAAAUCCGGUAUGCAAGAAGCUGUUUCCACAGUCCCAAGCAACAAGGAUGAAGAUACACUAGCUGCCACCAGAGAAUUAAUCGAGAUGUGGAGAUUGCUUGGGAAACACGUACCAGAACAUAUCACUGAAGAAGAACUGAAGACAGUCAUGGAAUGUGCUUCUAAGUCAUCAAAAAAAAAAUACUUAAAAUACUUGUAUAUUAAAGAAAAUGUAAAAAGAGCUAGGCAAAACAAAAAGCAAAUGAAAGCAGCAGCAAAGGAAGAAGCACAACAGGCCAAGCUGUUAGAAACCACUGAGGAAGCUAAAGAGCAAAACUUCUUAUUCCUUCGACUUUGGGACAGAUAUAACACCAUUGCAAUGGGUUGGAAGGGUGCCCAGGCUAUGCAGUUUGGACAACCUUUGGUUUUUGAUAUGGGUUAUGAUCAUUAUAUGGAUUCAAAGGAACUGCAGUAUACUGUUUCCCAACUUUUAGAAAGUGAAGGAUGCAACAGAAGAGAUGUUGACCCUUUUCAUAUUUACUUUUGCAAUCUUAAAAUAGACAGUACUUACCAGAGAGAGUUAGUUAAACAUUAUGGAGAAAAAUGGGACAAAUUGCUUUUAACAGCAACAGAAAAGUCUUAUGUAGAUUUAUUUCCAAAAGAUAGUCUUAUAUAUUUAACUGCAGAUUCUCCCAAUGUUAUGACUACUUACAAACAUGACAAAAUUUAUAUAAUUGGCUCAUUUGUUGAUAAAAGGAUGCAGCCAGGUACCUCUCUAGCCAAAGCAAAACGGUUAAACCUGGCAACAGAAUGUCUUCCAUUAGAUAAAUAUUUACAAUGGGACUCUGGUAACAAAAAUCUUACCUUAGACCAAAUGAUGCGAAUUUUGUUAUGUCUGAAAAACACUGGUAAUUGGAAAGAGGCCCUGAAAUUUGUUCCCAGGAGAAAACAUAAUGGUUAUCUAGACAUUUCUGAGCAUUCUCAAGAGUUUGUAAACAGAUUGAAGAAGGCAAAAACUCUUAAUUCAUUUCCAAAACAUACUUCAAGUAGACAGACGUGGAAAAGGUAGGAAUGAGAAGAUUUGACAGCUUAAAAAUAAAUUGGCACAAGGGCCAGGGGCAUAACUCAGUGGCACAGCACCUGCCCAGCAAGUGUGAGGUCCUGAGUUUAAGUGCUGGCACAUAAAUAAAAUGGCAUGAAACUACAGUUCUUUUUUUUAGAUCAAUUUUUUUUUUUUAAAUCAGCACUGGGGAUCAAACUCAUGACCACAUGCUUGCAAGGUAGGUGCUUAUGCCGCUGAGCUAAAUACCCAGCCCCUAUAGUUUUUGUCUUUUUGAGACAGGGUCUCCUAUUGCAGUUCAGGCUGGCCUUGAGCUCACUUUGUAGCCCAGGUUAGUCUCGAACUCUCAACAAUCCUCCUGCCUUAAGUCUCCCAAGUGCUGGGAUUACAGGCAUGAGCCACCACGCCCUGCUUUAGUUCUGUUUUUUAAUGGAACUCAUUUUCUCUUUCUUUGAAAGGUAAUAUUUCCAAACUAAGUUGUUGUCCAAUUACUUAAAUCUCUAUAGAAUUUUGAGAAUGUAUUUUGUUUAUGAUAGACAUUUAAUAAUCAGUACCCAUGUUGAUUUAAUGGAGUAAUCUUUACAUGAGGCCAAUAAAACACUUUCACCAUUGCUGUGA